AUGGAUAAUCGUAGAGUUAUUCAUUCCUACCGUGAGAAGCAGGCUGCUUCAACUUCCUCUACUCCUUAUUCUCGACCUACCAGUGGAUUAUUUUCAAAGGUGAAGCAAUACUUUGCACCUGCCUCGUUGUGGUCUAAUGAAGAGCAGCAGGAGCAAUCUCAAACGAUGUCCCACUCUCAGUCACAAUCGCAUACACAACCACCAAGUCAAGCCAGUUCAGUACUGCCUUUCAAAUUUCCUGAGCCAGAGCUUAAAACUCCUCUUAAGAAAAACUCGAAAGAUGUAACAAAGACACCAAACCACGUUCUUUCUACAUUCUUCCAAUCGAAAGGCGAUAGACCAUUGACAGACGUAGAGUACGAAGGAGUAGUAGCAUUAUUAAGUAAAUCUCAUCAGAAUACUCCUACAACAGUGAAAAAUUCUCAAAAUAACCAGCAAAGACAAUCCCAAACUCCUUCUCAAAGAUUCACGUCGCAGGAUGACAUCAAAGUUGGUUCAAAUAAUAAGAGAGGUAGCCAUGGAGGUGCUGCUGCCAAUUCUUCCAACCUUUUCAUCACUCCAUAUAACCAAAAAGUCUUAAAGAAUGACUCUUCUAUAUUCUCAACUCCAGAAUACAAACCUAUAUAUCAUUCAGUAAAUGAAAAUUCCUUUAGUCAAGGGAGAGGAGCAGGAAUGUCUUCCAUACCAUCAGUGAAGAGAGUGUAUCAAUUUUCAGGAUUACCUUCGCCAUACAGAACUAGAAUUAGAACUCCGAAUUUAUCUGCGAAGAAGAAGAAUAUUAGCAAAAGUAAUGCUUCAUUUGCAAGUAAUGGAACAUUUAACUCAAGCUUAUCCAAUACAAUUACUGCCCCCCCAACAAGCUCCAUCGACAACAAGCCACUUAGCAACACUGCUAAUGCGUUAUUGACUAUAUUGGACGGUGGAGAUGAAUCAAACGAAGCCAGCAUAAAAGCAUUUACGAGCCCGUUUGCGAGACAAAAAAGAGUAAACAAAGACAGAGAAAUGGAAUCUACCCCAGUGAAGAAAAGAUUAACUGCAGCUGACAUAGGGAAGACAAUAUCAUUUGAUCAAUCAGAAAAGUUACCUGAAUUAGAAAAAGUUGUUGAAAAAGAAGAAAAAUUAGAGGAAAAGCCAGCCAAUUUGAAAAAUGGUAUAGCGAAAGAGGAAACUACGAAACAUACAUUUGCAUUCCCAAAUUCAUCAACUAAGCCGCUCCACAACGACUCUUCGACUAAAACCAACUUGUCUACUUCUACUGAUACUACUGCUGCUAGUACUUUUACUUUUGGCCGCACUACUGGUGAAACUACUUCAGAUAAUACGCCAUUUCCAACAACUACCGAAGGAGAAAAACCAACAAUUCAUAAAACCACAAGCAAUUCUCUAUUUGGUGAUAGUGAGAAAACAUCUGUUCAAAUCCCAAAGUUACCUAUAUCAAAUGGUAGUAAUGGUAGCUCGUUUUCGUUUGGUGCUGCGAAGCAACCACUUACGGAUAACAAACCAACUUCACUAUUCGGCAGUAACUCGAACACCUUAAAUAUUAAACAAACUGCUGGCUUUGAAUUCAAACUUCCAGAAUUAAAACAGCAGCAAGUAGUUCUUGACCAAAAGAAAGUUGAGUCAUUCAAAUCAUUAUUUGAAUUUUGA